CAACGAUCUCGGUAGUACGCUCAGUCGUCGAUCGUGUAACAAGUGACAACGUGACAUACGUAUAAAUACGUAUUUCCACGCGUGAAAACUCGGGGUCGCGUUUACUAAAAAAAAAAAAAAAUUCGCAAUCGUGCAAAACAAUGUCCUCCUCCGGGUCGCGAGAUCGCAAGAGACAGUGUUCGGAGCCGUUAAGCCCGAAUUACCAAGACAGGCGGGUAGUGGUAGACUACGCCGACUCCAUGGACGGAAUGACGGACAUGGACGAGCAGAGCCAAACGGGCGAGGAGGAAAUAUCGGCCAUCUUCACGUGGCGCGGCUACAAGGACGAGGUGUAUCUGCCCUACCUGCACGAGUUCAUGAUCGGCGAGAACGUCGACGUGACGAUCGAGCACAACAGCGGCUUCGUGGACUUUCACCGCGACAUCGUGGCCGCCGCGAGUCCGUACCUGAUCAGGCGGGUCGAGGAGCUCGAGCGCGCCCAGGAGCCGACCCUCGUGGAAAUAUCCGCCAAGCCCUGGCUCUUGAAGAAUCUGGCGGAUCUGCUGUACACGGGCGAGGUGGCGGUCGAGCGCAGAUACGUGAGCAGGCUCUAUCAUUUUUUGCGAUUUUUGGAGGUGGAUUUCGGUGUCAACCUCGUCGACGAAAAUCCCCUCAAACUAAAUCUAACCCCGCGUGAAGAAAUGCAUCCGGACAUGGUGCUGGCCCUGGCGUCUCGCGUGCUCGUCAUGGGCGGCCCCGUCAAGCUCAUCCAAGCCCGCUACAAUCUGGACAUGGACAAGUUACGGGCGUACGUGCACCUGCACCGUUUCCAGUACGGCGAGGCGGAGCGACUCAGGCUCAGCGAGAUCGUCAUGAGAUUUCGCGCCUAUCAGAAGCAGGAGGACCAGUGCUCGUCGUGGCCGCAGCGGCCGUCGUACAUCGACGACUUCAAAGGCAGCGACGACGACGAGAAUUCGAACGCGAGCGCCGUGUCGAUCGCCCCGACGGUGACGUCGGAGUUGGCGGCGGCGGAGUGGGUGCUGUCGACGGACGACGACGAGACGAGGUCCUGGUGGUCGUUGGCCCUCGGCUCGCCCAUGCCCGACCAGCCCGAAAUCAACAACGACAACAAGAACGACAACAGCGGCAACGACAAAGACAAAGACAAAGACAAAGACAAGCUGGACAUCGACGAGUCGACGUGCUCCAGUAGCAUCUACGUCGGCAGCGAGCGGCCGUCCAGCACGUCCUCGGCGGCGUUCGCCGACAACGAGGAGGACAUGUGCUUCUGCGGCCGCGGCUUCGUCAGUCCGGCCUACGGUGGCAGCGGUCGUUCCUGCGCCGCGUGCGUCGCCUCGGGCCUCGUGAUCGAGCCCUCCGCGAACGAUCAGCAGCAGCAGCGCGAGAUCCGCAGACGGGAACAGAUCGAGGAGCAGGAGAGGCAGCGACUGGCCGCGUACAACUUGUCGCUGCAGGUGAGCAUCCAGCAGGUGAACGAGGACCCGACCGUCAGUCCGACGAGGAAGAGACGCAAGAUCGACCCGGACGUGCUGUUCAAUCUGCAGAACAUGAUCAAGUGGUUCGCCGAGCACUCGGGGGCGACGAAAUGCAAGGUCCAGACGAAAAUAUACGUUCGAUAGGAUUUUUUUUGUGUACAUACGAUCUGUGUACGCGAUCUCACCGUGUAAAUUUGUGUAUAAAUGUAAAUAAUUAAAAUCGAUACAUACAAUUUA